AUGACUUUCGCAGUUGCCUGUAGGGAUCGCAGUGAGGAGGAGCUCAAGAGGGAAGCUCAGGCCACUUAUGUGGCUAGCAGGCUUCAAUGCCUCCCGUGUUCUCAGAGAUUCAAGUGCACCUUGGCUACGAUUCUCUUUGCUGCCAAGCGGCUCUGGGGCUCAUUCUUGAAUGGGCGCUUCCCUACCGAUCCGGAAUGUAAGACUUACGCCACGACAUUUCGGACUGCUGUAAAAGGCAGUGAUGCUCAGUAUGACAGAGCUUCCCGCCCUUUGCAGCGGGUCUUGCUGCUUGGUCAAGUGACAUGCUCCGCAUCAGUUCGCAUCGGGCUCUCACUGCUCUGGGCCGGUGGGCUGAUGGGGAAGGGAUGGCAGGAAGAGAACCUGCCAGGGUCCGGACCCGAGGACUGCACCUCUCGGGAGUCCUGGAGGCUGGCGCAGUUUCGCUCCUGGCUCCAGUCAGACCGCAUUGAUGCUGAGGUAGCCAGGGCGGAUGACCUCGUCAUUACCCGGCACUUGGUUGCCCGCUUGCAUAAGCUGGCCAUGAAGCUUCCUGGGCAUGCUGUCGCUUGCAUGGCUGGGCGGUGCAGUACAGAUGCCCGCUGGACGCCCUCCGGUGCCAUUCGAGAUCGGUGCGAGCUCUGUGGCAAGGCCGAGACUCCCAGUGCUCUGCGUUGGCGCACCUGCGAAGCAUCCCUCGAGCCGGCUUCCGCCCUUGGAGGUAGGUUGGGUUGGUGUGCUCGGGCCUUAGGCAGAGGACGCGACGAGGCCGUACUGCUGCAGAUGGGCAGCAUUCGAGAAGCUGAGGCGGCCUCGCGCUCCAAGCGUAAGGCUUGGGCUCCACAGUCUGACGUGUGA